AUGGCCGACGAAACUGCUGAACCCAAGCACGAUGAUAUUCUCAACGCUAUGAAUGAACUUCCCAAGCCCAGACCAAGCCGUUACGCGCAGGAAACCCUGAAUGCUCGCUCCGAGUAUACCACGAGCCAAGAUGAUGGGACUGCUGAACACAGGAUCAAUCAAUAUGUCAUAAAGCAGGAGAUUGGCAGAGGGUCCUUCGGUGCAGUUCACCUCGCAGUAGAUCAAUAUGGGAAUGAAUUUAAUGUCUUUCCCCAGGCCGUCAAGGAGUUCUCUAAAUCACGACUAAGGAAACGCGCCCAAUCACAUCUUCUCCGCAGACCUCGAGGCCGCAAACGACUAUCAGAUGGCUUCAAUUCUCCUCUACAUCGGCAUCUGUCGGGGAAUGAGGACGAGCACAGCAAGAACCCGCUUUAUCUCAUUAAGGAAGAGAUCGCCAUCAUGAAGAAGCUGAAUCACAACAAUCUGGUGUCUUUGAUUGAAGUUUUAGAUGACCCAACAGAGGACUCCCUAUAUAUGGUGAUGGAAAUGUGUAAAAAGGGAGUGAUCAUGAAGGUUGGACUGGAAGAAAGGGCCGACCCUUACAGCGAUGAACAGUGUCGCUGCUGGUUCCGCGACUUGAUUUUGGGAAUUGAAUAUUUACAUGGCCAGGGUAUCGUGCAUCGAGAUAUCAAACCAGAUAACUGUCUCCUGACGAAUGAUGACGUUCUCAAGAUUGUUGAUUUUGGAGUAUCCGAGAUGUUUGAGAAGGAUUCGGAUAUGUUCACAGCCAAAUCGGCUGGCUCGCCUGCCUUUCUUCCGCCGGAGCUAUGUGUGGUAAAGCAUGGUGAUGUCUCGGGAAGAGCAGCAGACAUCUGGUCUAUGGGUGUUACUCUCUACUGCCUUCGUUAUGGGAGGCUGCCAUUUGAGAAGCAAAGCAUCUUCGAACUCUAUGAAGCCAUCAAAAACGACCCCGUUGUAUGCGAAGAGGAAACGGAUGAUAACUUCAAAGACUUGAUAUUACGGAUACUGGAGAAGGAUCCGAGCAAAAGGAUCACAAUGAGAGAGUUGCGAGCGCAUCCCUGGGUGACAAGAAAGGGUUCCGACCUUCUCUUGCCUGAGGAGGAGAAUAUUGCGCAGAUAGUGGAGCCCCCAACUGAGGAGGAAAUGAAUAGCGCUAUAACAAGGAAUGUGGGCCACAUUAUGGCUGUAAUGAAAGCCGCGAAACGUUUCAAACGGCUUCUAGCUCCGGCUAAAGCCGAGCCGGUGAUGCAAAGUAUACUUGGCCAGGAGUAUGAGAGCCAUUUCGUGGAGCCGCCGCUCGAGAUGGACCCGGGAGAGAGCUUCUCGGCCAGUGAUAUCCACAUGGGUAACAAAAGCCAGAGUGUAACUUCAUAUAACAGAGAGCCCCAGGAACGUGAGAACGUUCUGAAAGGCUAUCAUCAAAAGCGCGAAAAAUCACCCGAAAAUAGUGAUUCAGCCAGCAAGUAUACUACCCAACAAGACCCUGUGCUAGGCAGCUCAACCAAACAUUCUGUGGGCAUCGCACCGGAGAGACAAAAUUCAGGCUCUAUCUCCAGUUACAAACUUCGGACCAACUUGGUCGACGAUCUACAGACGACUUUCUUUCCUCAGUCCCCUUCCCCCCAGAAAACGCUGUCACGGGCCAGUUCGGCUACAACAAAGCGCAGCGUCGAGGGGACCAGGGGCCACGCACGGGAUCCUUUAGAAGAGGUAUUCCCAUACCUCUUUAUUGGCCCAUCCACCUACACUGGGUCGGUUCAGGAAGGAGAGCAUGAUACCGAUAUGGAGCGCAACCCCUACCAAUCGGAAACCCUAUUGUCAGCCGAGCCCCUAGAGACGAGUCUAGCAGGAAAUGAGGCUAUCCCUAUAGUGAGCGAGUCACCAGGUGCUGCUGAAUUCGACAUUUAUGAAACAGCGUAUCGACAGGAGAUUGCUCGAAUCCGUAAACUCACUCUGGCUCGUGAAGGUACUCUUCCCAAAGUGUACUUAACUCGGCGUGUUGAAGAUAAACACGAGGUCUUAAGGCUUGUCGAGCACGGAUCUCUUGGGACGAACCAGGAAACCGCCGCUUGCGAAGCAGAUGCGGUUAUUGGUGAGAAGACCACGGCGCCGUCCAGCCCGCGCUCUGGAGUGAGCAUGAUAAAAACUCAGCUGGAUGAGCAGCUCAAGUUAGACGCAAAUGGAGCCCUUGCUCGAAACCUGCUGUCUGCACCUGCCACCACGGCAGAUCGCGAGCCUGAAAUCUCGCCACUCGCUGCCACUGAAUCGAAUGCUACGAGAGGCUCGUUGACAUCGUCACCGAAAAACGCCAAAACCAAGUUGAAGAACCUCUUCGAUCGUGUCAGGGGCAAUAACAGUCGUGAGAAUAUCGAAGAUUGA